GUUGCAAGCUACUCCCCCUGGUGGUUGGGUAGCGGUGCUGCAGCGCUCCAUCUGUACAGCGGUGACAGACGGCGAGGGGGAGGUAAAGAGCUGGAAGCUCCGAUCCUUCAUGAGAAAAGAAGAAAAAGAGACCGAGUCACGGCUUCAGUUCUCAAAAGCGGUAUCUUCUUGUGUGAUCCGUGCCCGGGAGCCCGAGGAGGGGGCUGUGUCAGCGUCUGUAUGAUGUCCCGACAUGAAGGUGUCAGCUGUGAUGCAUGUUUAAAAGGAAACUUCAGAGGGCGCAGAUACAAGUGUUUAAUUUGCUACGACUACGACCUGUGUGCUUCGUGCUACGAGAGUGGGGCCACCACAACCAGACACACAACAGAGCAUCCCAUGCAGUGUAUAUUAACCAGGGUAGAUUUCGACUUGUAUUACGGCGGGGAGGCCUUCUCAGUGGAGCAACCUCAGUCCUUCACCUGCCCUUACUGCGGGAGAAUGGGCUACACAGAAACAUCUCUACAGGAACACGUCUCUUCAGAGCACGCCGAGACCUCCACGGAAGUGAUCUGUCCCAUCUGUGCAGCACUACCAGGAGGUGACCCCAAUCAUGUAACAGAUGACUUUGCUGCACAUCUCACACUCGAACACAGAGCACCUAGAGAUUUAGAUGAAUCGAGCGGAGUUCGGCAUGUGCGCAGGAUGUUUCACCCUGGCCGGGGCCUGGGGGGGCCGCGGGCACGCCGAUCCAACAUGCACUUUACCAGCAGCUCCACCGGGGGGCUGUCCACCUCCCAGAGCUCGUCCUACUCCCCCAGCAACAGGGAAGCCAUGGACCCCAUCGCAGAGCUGUUGUCUCAGCUGUCGGGCGUGCGGCGCUCUGCGCAGCUGAACUCGGCCGGUCCGUCUGCGUCUCAGCUGCAGCAGUUGCAGAUGCAGCUGCAGCUGGAGCGGCAGCAGGCCCAGGCAGCGCGGCAGCAGCUGGAGACGGCCCGGAACGCCACGCGCCGCGGUAACCCCGGCAACAUCAGCACCAGCGUCACGCAGACCAGCACCAGCGCCAACCCCGCCCCCUCCGACAGCACCCCGCCCUCCUCCCACAACUCCCAGUUCCUCCUCACCAGGCUGAACGAGCCCAAGAUGACGGAGGCGGAGAGGCAGGCGGUGGAGAGCGAGCGGGCCGACCGCAGCCUGUUCGUGCAGGAGCUGCUGCUCUCCACACUGGUGCGCGAGGAGAGCUCUUCGGACGAGGACGAGCGCCGAGACUUCGCCGACUUCGGGGCCAUGGGAUGCGUAGAUAUCAUGCCUUUAGACGUGGCCCUAGAAAACCUAAACCUAACGGAGAGUAGCAGAGGCAAGGAGCCCCCCGCCCCUCCUCUUUGAUGACAUCACACCUCGCAGACAGUGUCCCGUGCUGUAACUGCCAGUGAGAGUGGACAGAAGUUUUUUUUUUUUCUUUUUUUUUCUUUUUUUUUCUUUUUUCUUUUGUUUGUUUGGGUUUGUUUUUUGGUGAUUGUAAUUUCAGGUGUCACCCUUAAUACAUUGUGUACAUUCAUAAGAGGCUGAGUGUGUGUGUGAGAGAGAGAAAAACAUAUAUAUAUGACUAUAUAAAAAUUGAUAAUCAAUUCCACAUAACUAAUUUUUUUUUACUUUAGCAGGUAAAUGUAGGUAACAGUGGCAGAAGUUGCUCCUGAUUUAAAAAAAACAAAACAAAAAAAAACUCCACAUUCAGAAGAGGAAACUCCCCAUCUCUAAUGAAGCUGCUGUCUGUAUUUAUCAAUAUUAAUAAAUAAAAAGUGCUUGGAUGGUUUACCAUAACUACUGCAUGAGGUUGUCGCAGCUCGCAUGAGUUUUAAUGGCUUUGUCAUUAAAAACCCCAAAGCUUUCUUUAACUGUUUUUAAGGGUUACCUGAAAAGGAUUUUGAAUCAGAUAUAGUAAAAACAAUUGAGGAAUAUUUUUAUUUUAAAGACUAUUCUGCACCUACAGUAGCUUCUUAAUGCAAUGUGUUCAUCUCGCGGCAGAAAUCCCCCCCCCCCCCCCCCCGUGAUGACAUCACUGGUCAGGUGACCCCAGUCUUCUGUUUGUCUAUGGUCCUCCCAGUCCUGUGCUACCAGGAGGUGGCGCUGUUACCGAACUUGUGAACUGCCACAAAAAAACAUACAAACCCAAUUUGGAGGCCCCGGUGGAACUCUUGACACAAAAAAUAUAUAUAUAUCAAAAAGAAUGGAAAACACAUUGCUUCUGACUUCAUAUAUUGUGCUGUUUUAGUGAUAAGCUGUUUGAACACCAAAUGUAGUUUUACUCAUGCACUGGCCCUGCCAUUCUCCCCUUCUUGUCCCUUUUUGUUUUUCUUUUCUUUUUGUUUGUUUUGGUUUUUUUUCCCUCUCAUUGGUUAGACUCUCUGUGCGAGAGGCACCCCAGGUCCAGGUGUAAGGGGAGGGAUGCAGGUGUUUAAAAGAAAGACGUGGUCUGUCGCUCUCUGCUAACAAAGGCACCUUCUAUUUAUUCUGAAUUUUGUCUGACAUGAUUGUUUUGAACGCCUUGUGAUUGAAUCAUGCCUCCAUGCCUAUACUCCUGUGUAAAAUACGAUGAGAUGUACAUUGAAUUUGUGCGUUAACUUUCAUAAUGGUUGAAGGACAUGGGCGGACUUUCUUUUUUUAAAUGUAAAUUUAGAAUACAACAAUAAAACCUGCACACAGCUUUUGAUGAAACGGA